AUGGAGACUGUCACCAAAUACGUCAACGCUGCUUCGACUGCCAUCUGGGGCGAGAAUGACUCCAAUAAUGCCCAACAGCACGGCGAAGAGCCCGCAUCCGGUGUGCAAGGCCAAGGACGUAUCACCGACCCCUAUGAUGGCGGCAACCGCGAUGAGCAACCCGGCGCAAUCCACUCAAACGCCAACACCGCACCCCUAAAUGCCCACCUGGACAACAAUCAAUCAAAGCCCGAGGUCACUAGCAUCACUACCCCCCAUGCCCCUAGCUCUCUCACCGCCUGCACCAGCAUCACACCCGCUCUGCCUGUCUCCGACGGCCCUACAGCAGACAGCGAAGACAAGGAAACCAAGCCCAUCUCCAGCGGAUCUAUAGCAGACAGCGAAAGCAAGGAAAAGAAGCCUGUCUCCAACGACUCAACAGAAUCCACCGGGAGCAAUGAUGACAACAGUUCUAAACAAGAACAGCGCAGCACUUCACAGGCUGAAGGUGGCGAGAGCAGCGAAGCUCCCCACACAAGCCGUACCCAUGACGUGAGCAAAGAGGCGCUCAAAGGCCCGCAGGGUCCUGCGCCGACGCCUGCUGAGGACUUCGAGAAGGAGUAUAGGGGAAAGAAGCCUGCAGCUGAAGAUGAGGAUAUUGAGACCAAUUCUCCAAGUGAAUCUAGCGGGAAGUCGCCUUUGAAGCCUGAGCGUUCUCCUGAAAACGGCGAGAAGAAUGGGAAGCUCUCAAAGGUGAAGGAGAGCGUCAAGAAGCAUCUUCAUCAUUCGAGCAAAUAA